AGUAGAAGUGGUUUCCUGCUGGGGGAAAUGAUCAAAAAGCCAGACAAACCCAUGGUUGGACACGGCAGAACUUUCCACUCUAAUGCAUGCACAGGUUUAUGCACAUGUAGUGGAGCUGGACAUGCAGAUGACGCUCUCCAGACCAGACAGAGGUUGCUUAACCAUUGUAAGAGGUGACUGGAGAAUCUGAGAACUGGUCUGUUUCAACAUCUGUAAUGAAAAUUUUGAAGAUUCAAAUGUCAUGGACAAGUCAUAACCAUAAAACCAUGCUUCUGAACCUGACCAAUGGUAGCUGUCAAAUCCCUCUGGCAAAUGACAGAGUAGGUCUGACCUACAUCUACAGCCUUGCCUUCUCUAUUGGACUCCCAGCUAACCUGCUCUCCCUCUGGGGACUGUACCAGCUAGGUCGGUCUGGUGGAGGCAGCUGCCAGCUGGUCUAUAUCCUAAACUUACUGCUUUCAGAUCUUCUCCAGCUACUCACCUUGCCACUGUGGAUCCUAUAUCUGCAGGGAGACCACCACUGGCCUUACGGGUCUGUGACCUGCCAGCUAGUGGGCUACGUUUUUUACGUUAACCUCUAUGCCAGUGUCAUUUUUCUUUGCCUCAUCGCCCUGGAUCGCUGUCUAGCAAUCGUGUACCCUCUCAGCAGCCGUGGUGUACGGAAAGUGCAAGUGGCAGCAUUUUCUGGUAUGGUAGUGUGGACUUUGAUAUUUCUGUUCUGCCUGACUGGCCUCUACCCAUCUGUGUUCGAGCCCCAGAGAGAGCUGUGUCUGGAGCAGUACCCUGUGAGCACCAGAUAUGCUUACUUUAAAAUCGCCACAGUUGCUUUAGGGUUUCUGAUGCCCUGCUCUAUACUAGGGUACACCUCUGGCCGAAUCGGGCUGACUCUGAGGAACUCCCCAUCUGUCACAGAUCACGAACGCCGCAGGAUUGUCGCAACCCUGGUUGUCAUCACUGUCAUCUUCAUUGUCAUUUUUGGUCCCUAUCAUCUGGUGGUCGGCUACAGAUUUUUUACCCUGCUUCUCACGGAAAGUGAAAAAGACCAGUGUUUGGUGGAAGUUUCUCUUUACCUUUACUAUCGAAUCUGCUAUGGGCUCACCAGUCUCAACACCCUUCUAGACCCUCUUUUCUACAUCUUUCUUUGCAACGAUGCUCGCCAAGAGCUUCGCAGAUCUCUUCUCUGCCCUUGCCGGGGUCAUAGGGUGCACCAGGGACCACGAGUACCGUCUUUUCCCAAAAGUCAUCUUGACCACAGAGCAGAUGUUUAGCGGUCUCAUACAGAUGCUAAUCAGUGUCGGAGUCUUUGUAAGGCAUGUGCUGAAAGUUUUUUACACAUGAUGUGAAAAUGGCUUAUCAGGCUGAGAUUUGACAAAUUACCUGUCGCCACUGUGACAACGACAGUGAUGUCAUUAAGAUACGGCUGUUAUGAGGCAGUGGCACUUGAUCACUGGAUCACACGUGUCAGAGCUACACCUUCAGCAUCUUCAGUCAAAUGCUUAGACUCCCAUACAGCCUGAGGAGAUUCUAAUGCAUUCUCUGUAUUGCUUAAAAUACUUUAUUAUUAUUAUGUCUGUACUGAAGUCAGGUAUAAUUAC